ACCUAGUCAGCAACCAGAUGGGAGGGGGUCGCCCGGAUCCCGAGGGGAGGCCUGGCGGCUGUGGUCAGACGCCCUGCGCCCUGGGAGGCUACUUCUUCUUGGACUUCUCUCCCGCUAGGAGCGCGCUGAGGCUGUGGAGGACUACAGUGGCGGGGCGCGUUCGCGACACCCUAGAGACCACGCGGACGUGAGACCUGCGCCGUUGACGCUACACCAGCCUGGGGAGUCUGAUGAAAGGAAGCCGCCAGCCCAGUCCUGAAGCCCUGCUUUCUCAGGACUCUACUUCUUUAAUAGAGAGAUCCAGAAGAGGACUGGUCAGCUCUUGGAGUUUUAAAUCAUGGUCCAAGAGUUGAUUACAUUCAGGGAUGUGGCUAUAGAUUUCUCUCAGGAAGAAUGGGAGUGCCUGAACCUGGAACAGAGGAGUUUAUGCACAGAUGUGAUGUUGGAGAACUACAGCCACCUCAUGUCAGUGGGACUUUGCAUUUACCAACCACAUGCGUUCUCCUUAUUGGAAAAAAGACAAGACCCCUCGAUAGUUUUAAGAGACGAGACAAGAGGGCUUUUCCCAGACAUAGAUUCCAGGUGGCAGAUCAAGAUGUUAUUGGAAAGAACUAGUGCCUUUGAAGGAGAAUUAUCCCAGUGGGAAUUGACAGAAUUUUUUAGAAAACACAGCCUUGAAGACUUAUGUUUUAGAGAUGAUUGGAAAGGCAAAAGUCAGUUUCAACAACAGCAUGAAAAUCAGGACUAUUUUAAGCUUGCCUAUGAAAAGCUACCUACUUUGAACCAGCAUACCAUUUUAAAUCAACACCAAAGACUCAAUACAGGCGAGAAAGUCAAUGAAUUUAAAUGUGAAAAAGCCAUUAGUUUGGGAUUAGAUCAUAUUCAACUUCAGUUAAUUCACCCUGGUACCAGAUUCUGUGAAGAUAAAGAAUGUCAGAAAACCUUUCUUCCAGAUUCAGAACUUACUCAUCAGAAAGUUCACACUGAUAAGAAAACUUGUGAAUGGAAAGUAUGUAGAAAGUCACUUGAUUUACAAUCAAGAAUAACUGUUCUUAAGAGAUUUCAUACUAGGGAGAAACCUUUUAAAUGUAAGGAAUGUGGGAAGACCUUUAGUUAUGGCUCAGACUUUACUCGACAUCACAGAAUUCAUACUGGUAAGAGGUCAUAUGCAUGUAACAAAUGUGGAAAAACCUUUACUCAGCAAUCAUAUCUUAUUUCACAUCAGAAAAUUCACACUGGUGAAAAACCUUAUGUAUGUGAAAACUGUGAGAAAGUGUUUACUCGUGGAUCACACCUAACUCAGCAUCAGAAUAUUCAUUAUCAUAUAGUUAAUGCUGGUAAGAAAAGAUAUGAAUGUAAAGAAUGUGGCAAGAGUUUUAGUUGGCAUUCAACUCUUACUGGUCAUAAGAGAAUUCAUACUGGAGAGAAACCUUUUAAAUGUAAGGAAUGUGGGAAGUCCUUUAGAUUUCAUUCACAAUUUAGUGUGCAUAAGCGAAUUCAUACAGGUGAGAAAUCUUAUGAAUGUAAAGAAUGUGGCAAGAGUUUUAGUUGGCAUUCAACUCUUACUGGUCAUAAGAGAAUUCAUACUGGAGAGAAACCUUUUAAAUGUAAGGAAUGUGGGAAGCCCUUUAGAUUUCAUUCACAACUUAGUGUGCAUAAGCAAGUUCAUAUAGGUGAGAAAUCUUAUGAAUGUAAAGAUUGUGGAAAAUUCUUUACUUGGAGCUCAGACCUUACUCGACAUCGGAGAAUUCAUACUGGUCAAAAGCCUUAUGAGUGCAAUGAAUGUGGAAAGGCCUUUAGUCAACGAUCACAUCUUAUCCAACAUCAGAGAAUUCAUACUGGCCAAAAGCCUUAUGAGUGUAAUGAAUGUGGAAAGGCCUUUAGUCAACAAUCACAUCUUAUUAAACACCAGAGAAUUCACAUUAAUGAAAAAUCAUGUGCAUGUAAAGACUGUGGGAAAGCUUUUACUCAUGGCUCACACCUAACUCAGCAUCAGAAAACUCAUACUAAUGAAAAACCACAUGAUCAUAAAACCUUUAAUUAUAUCUCAGACCAUACUCAGCAUCAGUUAACUCAUAUUGGUAAGAAAUUCUGUGAAGAUAAAGAAUGUGGGAAAACCUUUCUUCUUGCUUCAGACUUUGUUCAAUAUCAGACAGUUCACACUGAUAAGAAAACACAUGAAUAUAAAGAGUGUGAUAAGACUUUUAAUUUAGGUUCAACUCUUACUGGUCAUAAGACAGGUGAUAGUGGGAAGAAACCUUUUGAAUGUAAGGAAUGUGAGAAGCCCUUUAGAUUUCAUUCACAACUUAGUGUGCAUAAGCGAAUUCAUACAGGUGAGAAAUCUUAUGAAUGUAAAGAUUGUGGAAAGUUCUUUACUUGGGGCUCAGGCCUUACUUGACAUCAGAGAAUUCAUACUGGUCAAAAGCCUUAUGAGUGUAAUGAAUGUGGAAAGGCCUUUAGUCAACAAUCACAUUUUAUUAAACAUCAGAGAAUUCACGCUGGUGAAAAGUUAUAAAUGUACAUAGUUUGGGAAAGCUUUUACUGAACAUCAGAAAAUUCAUACUGUUCAAAAGCCAUAUUUAUGUAAGAACUGUGGGGAAACCUUUAUUAAUGGCCCAUAGCUUACCCAACAUCAGAUAUGUUCAUGUCAGUAAGAAAACCUUAUAAGGUGAAGAAAUGUGGAAAACCUACAUCUGGAGCUCACAUCUUGCACAACAUCAGCAAAUUCAUACUGGUAGAAAACAAUAUGAGUGUAAGCAACAAAGGAAGACGUAUUUGGGCUUCAUAUCUUGAUCAACCCAAGAAAACUGAUAAGAGAAAACAGAGUAUAUGGAAUGUGGAAAGAUCUUUCUUUGUGGCUCAAAAUUUGAAUCAGCAUGAGGAAAUUAAUUUUGGUGAGAGAAAUUGUAAAUGCAAGGAAUGUGGAAAGACAUUUGUGGUUCUGAAGUUAACAUCAGAAAACGAAUAGUAGAAAGAGACCUCGUUGAACGUGAAGAAUGUGGAAAAGCCAUUCUCGGGAGUUCACAACUUAUUACACAUUAGCAAAUGCAUACUCGUGAGGAACAUUAUAUUUUUUAAAUGUGGGAAAUUCUUUAUCUGGAGGUCACAGGUUCUGUAACAUCGGGAUAGCCACACUGAUGGAAAACACUACACCUUUCAUUAGUCACCAUAUUUUGAUUAGCAGAAAAUUUACAAUGGUGAAAUCUCUGUGAAAGGACAGACUAUGGAAAUACAUUUGGUCAUGACUAAAACUUUGACCAGCAUCAGAAUAUUUACACUUUUGGGAAAUCCUAUUAUAACUUUCUUCAAGUUUUCUAUUGACAUAUUUUGAAAUUGUAUACUAUGAAAAGAAAUGAAAGGGUUUAUCCCUGGUUUAUUAAUUGAAGUCAGUUCAUUUCUGUUUUUGAGAUAUCCCAGAAGUGUUUUGUUGUUGUUGUUUUGUCUUUUUGUGACCCCAGCUGGCCUGCAACUCGAUAUGUAGACCAGGCUGGCCUUGAACUUACAGAGAUCUACCUGUCUCUGCCUGCCUCUGCCUCCCAAGUGCUGGGAUUAAAGGCAUGUGGCCACCACACCCAGCGAGAUCCCAGAAGUAUAGAAAAAGUCUUUUUAAUAGGACACAAUGUGCCCAUCAGAAUUUGUAAGGUAAUUUAUAUUAAGAAAGACUUUACUAAUUGGUCAUCUGUUAUGGACUAUGAAGAUGCUUUAUUAUAAGAUGAGAUAUGGUGUAUAUUGAAAGGGUAUUUUUAAGGUAAUAAAUGUGUGAAGAAUAUUAGACAGGAUUUUAUAUGCUAAUGAAUUAGUUUUUAGGUAAACAUUAAUACAGUGAUUUUUUUUUUCAGAAAAAAAAUUUUUUUGGUCUUUUUGAGACAGGUUCUCCCUGUAGCCCCAGCUGUCCUGGAACUCUCUAUGUAGACCAGGCUGGCCUUUAACUCACAGAG